GAUGAAGGGACAGGUGGGAUGUGGCGAUUAGACAGAGGGCAGAGGUUCCUGGUUGGUCUCAGUGCAGGGUCAGAAGCCCAAGUGGCACCCGGGUCAUCCCUGGGCUCAAGGAUGUUGGGUUUCUGUUUUCUAGGCCACUUCUCCACCUGCCAGGAGAGUUUGGUGAGAGGCACAGCAGUUGGUACAUUGACCGUGUCCUGUGAGUAUAGCCCAGGAUGGGAAUUCUACAAGAAAUGGUUGUGUCGCGGGAAGAACUGGAGUUCCUGCAAAAUCCUUGUUAAAACCACCGGGUCAGAGCAACUGGUGAAGAAGGGCCGAGUGUCCAUCCAGGACAAUCACAGUCGACACAUGUUCACCGUGACCUUGGAGGAUCUCUGGUAUGACGACGCAGAUACCUACUGGUGUGGGAUUGAGCGAACCGACGAUGACCUGGGGUACAAAUUUUCCCUGAUUGUCGACCCAGCCCCUGAUCCAACAGACUCUCCCAAGCCUGUAGCAAGAACACCAGCCAGUCGAGCUUCCUCUCAUCCACUUACCCAGGGCAUCAACAGCAGCCAGCCUAUUGUUCUGAUCAACCCCCACAGCAGGUGAGCACAGCUGAACCCACAGACUUUCCCACUGCUGCCCUGGGACAGCUCUCCCCUGGGGCACUCUGACAAGGGCCCCCAUUGGCCCUUCUGAUGUUUCCUCUGCUGGGGAGAAACAGCAAGGUCUGCACUGGGCCCCCUCUUUGUACCUCUGAGUCCUUAAAGAGCUCCCCCUCCCCACAAGAAACCUAGACAAAGUUGUUCAGCUGGGCUGCAGGAGAGAAGCUUCUGGUCUCCUUCUGACCUGCCUCCCAACCCCCAAGCAGCCAAAACAGGCACAGGUGUUUUCAGCCUCAAGUUGCCAGAAGGGAAGGGCUCUGGAUUAGCUCCCUGUGGCUUCUGGAGCAAAUCACCACCACCCUGGUGGCUGAAGGCAAAACGAUGUUAUGAUCUUAAAGUUCUGGAGACAAGGUCUGGGAUGAGUCUCACUGGGCUAAACUCAAGGUGCUGGCAGGGCUGGCUCCUCCUGGAGGCUCUAAGGGAGAAGGGCUUCCUUGUCUUUUCCAGCUUCUGGAGGCCGCUGCACCCCUGGCUCGUGGUCUCUUCCAUCAACCAGCAGGAGUGGUUGAGUCUUUCUCACCCUCAUUACUCUGACACU